CGCCGUCCGUCACUCAAUUUUUAGGUAAGACAACCCGCAAAGUAGCGGUUUAAACUGUGGUAAUAACACCGUCAAAGCCAAUUCUUUAGUACUUUUUUACUUUAUUACAGCAGCGUUCUGGAAGGACCUGUCAUAAAGGAGUUUUCCUGGUGGACAGAGGUAUCUGUGUCUCAUCUACUGCUGGAGUAUUGAUAUAUGUUCAGUAAAGGUGCGAAGCGGAAGUUGGACGAGGAUGAAGAGGGGCUGGAAGGCAAAACGAUGGAGGCGUCGGUGGCAGGAGGGGGAAUAGGUCUUGGUCCAGAAGGCUUGUCCAAGGUAUCAUACACCCUGCAGCGACAGACCAUCUUUAACAUCUCCUUGAUGAAGCUGUAUAGCCAGAGGCCGCUUGGUGAGCCCAGCCUGGAGCGCCGCGUCCUUAUUAAUAACAUGCUACGACGCAUCCAAGAUGAACUCAAGCAGGAAGGCUCCUUGCGACCAUUGCUCCUGCUGCCCUCGCCACCACCUGACGACCCCAUGGACGAGGGCUUCCAUGAGGCACCGCCUUCUUUUGGGGUUUUGUCAGCUGCAGCAACGGUCCAGGUAUCUCAGCCUUCUGCGCUAUUGAUGCCAGUAAUCGCCUCGACGCCUUCACCCCAUCCAUUGGUGCCUCCCACCUGUCAGGCAUCUCAUACCGCCUCCUCUACCCGUUUGGAAACCUGCCCUUCUCCUCUAGACACUUGUCUCACUCCAGCCUCUUUACUGGAGGAGGAUGGCGAUGAUUCAGCUUUUUGCACUGCAGCCCCACCCACGCCGCCUCUGUCACCCCCACCAUCUCCGUCAGCCCUUCUUAGUGAGGCGUCAACCAGGAUCCCUGUGCCUGCCUUGUCCAAUGACAGCUACUCCACCAGUCUGAGUGACAUGGAGUUGGGUUCUCCUACAGCCAUAACAAGGACACCAGUGGCUAAUACAAUGACCGUGACUACCUCCCCAGCUCCCUCGCUACUCACCCAGCCCUCCCAUUUGGCAGCCCUUUCCCCAAUACCCAUAGGUCCAUCCAGAGACUUCAGGACCAUGGGUGCUAAACCAGAGGCAGCUGCUGUCUUGUUAGUGGAAAGUCGUAGUGCUGAACUUCGGCCCGCAGACACUCUAAACACACCGCCCCCUGGUGUUAUAGUAGACAUUUCCUCCUCUCCACCCUCCUCAUCCUCGCCCUCGGGGUUUCUCUCAGACUUGGCACUCGACGAUGUCCUGUUUGCUGACAUUGACACAUCUAUGUAUGACUUUGAUCCAUGUACAACAGGGGGGGCUGUGGGCGUGACGGCGGGUAGUGGCCUCAGCAAACUGCCGCCAGUGGUAACAGCAGAUGACCUGCUCAAAUCACUGGCAUCGCCGUACAGUGGCCCCGCCCCCCAGGUAUCAGCCAGUCAACCUUUUAAAAUUGAUCUGACAGAACUGGACCACAUCAUGGAGGUUUUGGUGGGUUCAUGACUCCUGGACGGCACCAUGUCAGAAACACAAAGGCAUUUUAAACCAGAAAACAGACUGGAAAGAAGAUAUCAGAGCUAUUUUAAAAUCCAGGAUAACCUGGCUGUUGUUUUUAUGUUUGUUUUUUGUUUUUGAAAUUCUUCAAAGGUCGGUAAUUGUAAGCAUCAAUGGUGAUGUCAUUUAGUACUACUAUGACAACUACUACUACUACACAACACUGUGCAUGCACUGUGCUCGCCUUUCCAGCUAUGGAAAUGAAGUCACCGAGAAACAAGACACAAGUAAAGUUUCUAUUUCUGUGCUUGUGAUCUAAUUUAAAACAUCCUACUUCUGAUUUCAAAUUCAAACUAAGCCUUAACCCCGAAGAUACUGUAAAAAAAAAAAAAAAGAUUUUAUUUUUUGUAAUUAGACAAAAUAUCCUCAUUUUGGAGGAUUUUUGAGGAUAUUUUUCUCACAGGUAUGAAAAUGCAGGUUAACAGACAGAUUUAAUGGCUUUUAGCAGAUGAGUGCCUUUCAAAAUGACCACUUUUUCCAAUUCCAGUUUUUACAGUAUUUAUGUCUUUCUAGUUCUUUAAACUUUAACAGCCUAGAGAGGUCACUCCCUCUGUCUUUUUUAUUUAUUGUAUUAUAUUAAAAUUAUUAAGGUAAUUUCUCAUUCUCGAAUAUGAUUAUUUAAUCUUUAUCUUAUUACAGUUGGUGUGUAUUUUUUCCCCAAGUAAUACUUGAUAAACUUUUGUUUAUCAGUGCGCUGGCUAUAUAAUUAUGCUCCAGGAAUAAUAGCGCUACAAAGCAUUGUAUGAUCGGUUCCUCACAGCUCAAGCCAUGUGUUUUUGUCCAUGUUUGUGAAAUUUUUUUAUUUGGGGGGGGGGGGGACUUCCUUUUUGUGUUGGCAGGCUCAUAACUGCUGAAGGCUGUUUCACAUGAGCUCGAUCAUGUGGGUUAGUUAUCAUGCUUCAGUUAACAGUAGAAUUCAAACGAGCUAAACCCACAGGACAGCUACACGUUUACAUAAAAGCAUCAACCGCACCACGAAGUCACCCAUCAGCUGGGUAAAGCUGACCUGAAAAUAUUAAACCUAGUUGACACCAACAUGUCUUGUCGGGGGUUUUUAAAAGUAUUUUAGAUGUAUAGAUUUCAAGACAAAUUGUCACAAAUUGCAAAGAAAGUUGUCCUGAAUUUUUUUUUUUUUUUUUUAAUACUUUAGACUUUGGAUCACAACUGCGCAGUUACAUCACAGCUUGCAGUAUUACAUCCUGUAUUUGCAAAGUAUGUUUACCAGAGCGUUUCAAACUCUUGUACGCUGAAUUUCGGGGUUCUGUCCUUUUGAUUGUACACUUGACCCAAACCUUGUGGAUGCUUUCAACUUUUGAUAAUAUUUGCCUAAAUCUGACUUAUAAAUAUUUAAAUGUAGAUUUUUUGCAGAAGCACGAAACCCAAACAGGGUGUUAAUUUUAUACUGGUAUUAUUUCAACACUUCACUUAGCUGUACACGCCAAUAUAUAUACUUUUGUAACAUGGGUAUGUAAAUUGACAUAAAUGUUGCAGUUUGUUUUUAGUAGCACAGCAAUGAUUGCUUUUGCAUCUUCUGACAUGCAACACAGCCCCAGCAUCUUCAUACAGGUGUCCAGAAACAAAAUGUAGGGACAGGCGUCCGGUCAGACCUACACAUCUUAUUUCAUGGCCUCAUUCACUGCCCUCUAAUGCACCAUCUAACUGACAACAAGUGGUGGUGGUGGUAUGCGCUUACUGUUUCUAAUGUUUUACGUUGCUUAAUUUUGUUUAUUUAACAAACUUUUGCCACAUCAGAACAACAGAGGUUAUCUUAUUUUUUUUUGUCACCCUGAACUGUUUGAUUCAUCCUAAUAGCAGGCGUAUUCUUUUGUGCUUCUCUUUUGAUUAUUACAGUAAUUUGCUGUUACUUGGCAUAUAGGAAUAAACUAACCCACUAUCACCACCUUGUGGUGUACAAGGACAUGUAUUCUGCUGCAGUGAGUCUGCUUGCAUGUGUAUGUGUUAGCAUUUGAGAAUGCGCUACAUUCAGCCUCCUCCGUGACAAUACUGGAGCCUUAAUGUCACAGUUGAGCCUUCACUUACGCACCUGUUGGAGCAAGCCGCACCUUUCAGUAUUUCUUGGUAACAGGUUCCCAGUAACACAGUUGCAACUUAAAUUUAAGUGUUCUAGUUGUGUUAACUUUAUAAUAUCUAGUUAAUUUUACAUUUGAUAAUUUAAUGUUAUAAAUCAUUUUAACAACUUUAGCUAUUUAACUGUGGUGCUACAUCUGAGAAGGGAUGAAAAUGUACAAACGGGAUUUGCUGGUGCAUCUGGAUGGCUUAUUUAUUAUAGUUUAGCAGUUUUACAGUUCCUGUUAAUGUAAAGAAAUCUAAAGGCAUAAUCAUCAUUUUAAAAGAAAAACAUAUGGGUUUAUGUUGAGGAUAUUCCAGUCAAGACGAAGGGAAGUUGAAUCUAAGUGGAUUACUGACUCUUUUUUUUUUUUUUU